GAGGCAGGAAAUGGAAAGGAAGAGAGGAAAAGAAGAAAGUCCAAUUCUUUCCUGUCUUUUAAUCUUCCACCUGAAAUUCGUUUCCUUUCUCUUUCACUCUCUCCGAUUAGCCAUUAAUGUAAACAGAAAACGUUUAAGUCAAGCUCAUGUAAUCCAAACCAGAUUGCAUUGAAUUGGGGUUCCCUUGUUGUGGUCAAAUCAAUCAAAUGUGAAAAGCUCUGGACCCGGAAAUCCAUACCCAUGGGAGAUUCAGGUGAACUGCAUUCUGAAGAAAAUAAUGUUCCUCUAGAUAGUAGUAAAAAAAGAACCCUCAAGACACCAGCCCAGCGUUAUGCUCUGGAGCAAUGCUAUGAGGAGCACAAGUUUCCCACAGAUGAAAUGAAAGCACGGUUAGCGGUGAAGGUAGGGUUGACUGAGAAACAGAUAUCUAGUUGGUUUUGCCACAGAAGGUUAAAAGACAAAAGGAGAGAUGAAGGCCACAUUAAUGGGCGACAAGAUCAUUCAAGUGGUGUUCUUCAAGAUCGUGCUAGUGGGUUUAGGCAAGAUUCAUGCGGCAGCAUUAAGCAGGGGGAUCAUAGAAACAUAGAUCCCAGGGAGGUUGAAAGUCGAGGGAUUUAUGGACGUGAUCUUCCAGCUGCAGACUUCACAUAUGCAAAUAGAGGUUGUCAAGAUCCUCAUGUUGUUGACAUGGAUGAUGCAUCUUCUGGAAGUAGCCCAUCUUUACAGGAUCAGGUUGUUUCUCAUGGCAGUGAUCCUCCCUAUGAGAUGCAAACUUCUCCACACCUGACACAGUCUGGAGCCAUAAUGUCAAGAAACCCUGUGGGUGCUAGAAACAUCAGCUAUAAGCCAUCAGGAUAUCUGAAAGUCAAGGGUGAAAUUGAAAAUCCUGCCAUUACUGCUGUUAAGAGGCAGCUGGGAAGGCAUUAUCGAGAAGAGGGUCCACUCCUUGGUAUUUUAUUUGAGCCACUUCCUCCUUGGGCAUUUGAGUCUCCAAGUAUCAAUCCAGUCAAUGAGCAAAAUUACAUUGGAGACCCCAGCCAGUGUCAUUCUCUUGGUACAUCUGGGGUUCUGAAGCAGCCAAAUGUUAAUACUAGAUAUGAAGCACAUAAUUCCAGGAUGGGUUCUCCAGAUUCAUAUGAGGAGGGUGCAAACUAUUACCCUCAAUACCCUGUGCAUUCUGACGGACUGGAGAGGAGUUCCCAUUGGCAAUUAAAAUGGAAGUCAUCUUCACUCAAUAGUUCCAACUCUCUUCUUGGCCGGAAAUCUUAUUUAGAUGUGUCUAAAGAUCCUGCUGUAAAAACAUCUGUCAGUUAUAACAACGUUCCGAGGAUGAGCUCUGAGCAUCAUAUUGAAGGAAUGAGAUCAGAUUCUUUUACUUACCAUACUGGCUAUCGUGAUGGGAAAAUUUCCAAUAAAAAAUCAAAGCCGUGGUUGCAUGACAAUAAUAAUGCAGCUUCUAUGAAUGCCCAGAAAAAUGAAAACUUGUCUAGACCUUCAAAUUUGAUACCUGAGUUCAGUCAGUCCCUUGAUACUGAGGAGAGGGGGCAAUCUGUAAGGAUAGCAAAGGUAGAGAAACAUAUUAUAGAGAGGAAGCACAAAAUAGUGUAUCAUGAUCCAAUUAGCAACAAAAUCCAUCGAAGAAAUGAAAUGAGAGUUGCUAACCGAUCCAAAAGUGAAUACCCUCAACAAGAUUUUCUGGAAAAUGCAUCUUCUGUGAAUUUGCUGUUAUUGGCUGAUCAGAUAAAAGGGUCAUCCCUGGAUGUCCCAUCUAGCUUCAAUGAGGAUGAAACUGCAGAAACUACUUCCUCCUCGGAUUGAAGGACAGAUGACCGGUCAAUUAUAGGAGGGCUUAACGGGUUCUCAAGAUUACUCCAUGGAGACCCAUAAACUGAUAUGAUUGCUUUUGUACAGGUAGAAGAAGGGUGUUUGUUCAACCUACUAACAUGGAACUACUGCUAGCAACAUGGUGAUUAUGUUGGAUAGUAUGUUAAUCAUACCCGGGUCUUGAGCUUUUGAUAUGUACAAAUUCUUUUUGAUGUUAGUAAUGCUAUGUGGAGAAAAGCUGUGAUUGUAAUGACCUUGGAUCUACCUAGGAGAUUUUGAAAAUACAGCGUUCCACAUAUUGUUACUGGCAAUUAACAAAUCAUCGAUGUGUAAUGCAUUGUUCAUGUUGUUUGGAGACAUUGGUUUGGUUUUGAUUUGAUUUGAUUUCAGAUCAAAAGGAGAAGAAUGGAGCCAGACCUUGGCCUAUGAGGACCCGGUAUACAUCCUGAACUUCUUUAUUGAGAGAUGAAUGCUCGCAUACUUAUUAUGAAUAUAAAUCCAAGUUGGAA